AUGAACUCCAUUGCUCGAAGCGCGGUCAACACUGAAAAUGUCCUAUCCCGGGCAUCUGUUCGAGUUACCAACUCGUCUGGCACAUUUCCUGCAUAUAGGAGGUUAGCGUCCCAGCUUUGCCAGACCUCUCAAAUCACCACGGCGAGUGCGAAUCAAAAGAUAGCGGCAAACUUCGUCAUUUCUCCUCUUCGAUCUCAGUUCCUUCCUUCCGAACUACGCUGGACCCCAAUCGCCUCCUCACAAUGCCGACAGUUCCAUGUGAGCAGACAGGCUUACCAAGAUGAAAAGCCUGGUAAAGACUCUGCCAAAUCCGCUUCAGCCGAAGCCGACGCCGAAGCCAAAAAUUCCGAAUCUGAAACCAAAUCCGACAAGGAAGAAUCAAAGAAGUCUGACGAAGGCGAAAAUGGCGAAAAUGGCGAAAAGUCCGAAGGCAAGGAGGAAGGCAAGGAGAAGAAGGAAGAUCUGCCUCCGCCGCCGCCUCACGGUGACAAGACCCCUUGGCAGGUGUUCAUGGAAACUAUGAACACUGAAUUCCAAGCGUCCAAGGAAUGGAACGAGUCGACGAAGCAAAUUGGUGCCGCUGCUCAUCAGUUUACGGAGAGUGAAUCCGUUCGUCGGGCUCGUGAGGCCUAUGAAAAGUCGACAGGCGCCAUUUCAUCCACUACCGCUAAAGCCGUCAAGUCCACCGCCGGGGCCAUUGGGAAGGGAGCUUCCUGGACCUGGGAUACCUCUGUGAUGAAAGGUGUCAGGAAAGCUGCCAAUGUCACUGGUGAUGCAGUGGACAAAGCCACAAAACCCAUUCGCGACACCGAGGCCUACCGAAACGUGAAGAAUGUCAUUGAUGACGGCAGCUCCUCCAGGUAUGGUGGAUGGGUGGAGAAGGAAGAGCGCAGAAAGAAGAGGGCAAUGAUGGAGCAGCAAAAUGGCGGCUCCCAGGUGAUGGAGGAAGAUCCCGAUGCCGGAACUAAUAUCACACUCCACAAAGAUGCUGCUUGGAAGGAGGCAUGGAGAGAUUUCCGAGACACCAACAAGUUCGUUCAAGGGAUUUUCACCAUGAAGGGUCGCUACGAAGAGUCAGAGAAUCCUCUUAUUUCCACCGCUCGGAGUAUUACCGACCGUAUUGGAGGCUUUUUUGCUGAGAACGAGACCGCCAUGGUCAUCAAAAAGUUCCGAUCUAUGGAUCCCGCCUUCCAGGUUGAGCCGUUCCUGCAAGAAUUACGCGAAUAUAUCCUACCAGAGGUUCUUGAUGCCUACGUCAAGGGCGAUACAGAAACGUUGAAGCUCUGGCUUUCGGCCGCGCAGUUUUCAGUAUACGAAGCCUUGACCAAGCAAUAUCUUCAGGCUGGCAUGAAGUCUGACGGCCGUAUCCUCGACAUCCGGAACGUUGAUAUUCUCCGAGCUAGAAUGUUGGACCCUGGUGAGGUUCCCGUAUUUAUCAUCACUUGCCGUACCCAGGAAGUCCAUGUUUAUCGCAAUGCGAAGUCCAACCAGCUUGCCGCUGGUAUGGAGGACAAGGUUCAACUGGUCACGUAUGCUAUUGGCAUUACCCGAGUUCCUGAAGACGUCAACAAUCCCGAAACACGAGGCUGGCGUCUAAUUGAGAUGCAGAAGAGCGGAAGAGAGUGGCAUUAA